UAUGACAACAUUAUAGGAUACAUGUAUAAAAGUUCAGUUUUUUAACAAAGGAAAUCAGGUAAAAUUGUACGCAGGCGUGUUCUUAUUGUUAAUAUAUAGGUAAACUAAUUAAAACUAUGAAUUAUUUAAAAUAUAAAUGUUAAUAUUUUCCUAGAGAUACUGAAACUUUUGUGUUCUUUCUGUUCUUCAUGUAUUUCCCCGCUGCAAACAAAACAAUCCGACCCUAAUAUACCCUGAUUAGGCUAGCACCAGGAAGACACAACGAAAUGUGCUAAAAAAACUACGCGCACACCAAAAAGAAGAUAUGAAAAUCUUCUUGACAGUGAAAGUAAUGAGAACUACUAAUUAAGAGGUUUGUUUUUCGAGACCUCUGUUUACAAUGGCAUGGUAACAAUUUGAAAAAAAAAAACAACAUUAUUUCGUUUAACAUCGUACUGGUUCUCCACAUCUGAUUCACUUGUUACUUGUGGUAGUAAAGGCAAUAAGUCAAUUAUAAUUGUAAAAAAUCCAGGAAAUGGACAGAUUUACAAAAAUAAAUGACUAUUAGGUCGACAAAACUUGUGCAGUCCAAGAUAUAUAAUAAUAUAUAAAGGCAUAAAAUGUGUGAUAUGAAUUAAUGCCAACUGUCAAUAUUAUUUCAGACACGUCCUAAAUGUAUCACGAAAAAUUGACUGGGUUAUUUUCCAAGAUACAUUUUUGUUAUCUAUUGUCCAUGUUAAUUGUACAGAAAAUCGUCACAAUUUUCAUAAGCAGUUUAUUAAUUAACUUGGAGUAAAUUUUUGGUAUGUGUAUUGUAUGCAAUUACAUAGAAUAAAAUAUCCUGCUCCGCCAUCUUUGAAAGAGUAUACCCGUAUUGACUUUCAGACAAUAUCAAGACCUGUUUAGAAUUUAAUGUCAUAACUUUACAGAAAAAAACAAGGAAGUAUAUCCAACAGGGAAAGCCACGUUCCAAAAACGCAGCCUCCCCAAAGGCACAUACGAACAAUACCAUUCUGUGAAAGUCAUGUUUAGAUCUAUUUUCAAAAUAGUAAAACUGGUCGGAAGUUUUUCACUUAAAACGGACUUUCUUUUUGAACAAAGAAUAAUGAUUUAUAAUAAUACAACACCCACAGGACCAGCAACAACUGUUUAUAAGUAUUCUUAUUGCAUUAUUACUCCAAAUAAUUUGACAUAAAAGAAAGUAAAUGGCAUACAUGGCGGCGGUUAAUUGAUAUUUUGACCGUGCUUUAAAAUCGGUUCAUAGAUCAUUAUUGCAGUUGUAACUUCUUAAUAUCAUAUUAGAGAAUAUUGCUAAUAUCUCAAAUGAAUUGUCUUGUCUGUUUCCAUGUGCAUUUUUCACGUUUCAUAGAAUAAAAUAUUGGUUCAAACAAUUACUUUAAAUUAGAACAAUUGAAUAAUAAUUUCUAUAUAUGUUGCCAUAUUGACAGCACAUUGUCUCGAAAACGUUUAAGGCUGUAAAACCUUAAGAAAAUAUUACAUUUGAAAUGUUCAUAUUUACCUAUACUUUGAUGUCUAAAUUAUAACAUUAUCUAAGGUUAAACUAUAAUCAAUUUAUGAUUGAGUUUGGUGAAAACUAACAUGUUUUUAACGAUUUUCAAAACAAUUAAAAAUCUCCAAAACGAAUCGCUUAUGUUAAUUCCUCAACGGAGGCUGUUAUAAAAGUAUUGCUUCAAAAACAUUUGAUAUGUUACAAAACUAAGCAAUACUUAAGGGAUACAUUUCAGGCAAACAUAGAAGUAAGUGUUCUUUUUUCAAUAAAGAAAAACGUUAUAUUAGGCUCUCAGAAGUUUAUAUCUUUUUUACAAAAUAUUCCGGUCAUCGUAGUACCAAACGGUCGAUAAAUGAAGAAAUGUUGAGGCUAUAACCAUCCGAUCCAUUCUUUCAUUUUUGUUUGAUCCUUGCAGAGAAUCGAUCUUAGUUUAUGAAACAAUAUUUAAUUCCGUGUUCUGACACCGGGCUGUAUUCUUCGUUAUCUGGAUAAAUGUCGUUUCGCCAGUACUUCCAGUUAAUCAAACGUGCAAAACUACCUUAAGAACGUCUGAAGAUUUUUUAAGAAUCAAAUCGGCAGCAAUCGAGAUUAUAAUUUAUGUUAAAAUGUUAUAAAUAUACAAUGGAAAAUAUCCUCAAAUUUUUUGGACGAUAUAUGCGAUGUAUAAAAUUAAAGCAAGUACAAUAUAAACCUUGUUUGAUCAUGAUUCACAUGGUAAUGGAUAUUUAACAGUUAAGUAGAUACCAACGCUAUCAGAGUGGCUUAACAAAACUACUGCCUCGUAUUUUCCGCUCUAUUUCGCAGGAAGCUUUUCAGUUAAUUACUUUUUUACUAAUUGAUAUUGCAGUUAGGUGCCGAAAUAGUUUGACGCAUCUUCUGAAAUAAUCGGAGUUUGUAAUCCAUCUCUAGGGUAUAACUUAAAUGGAAUAUAUAACUUCUAGAGCUGUGCGUUGGAGAUGUCAAUAAAACAUUCUGGAUACUUGUGUAGGCAUAUAACAAUAACGCUUCUAAUCGUUUUAUAUUUUGAAUAUGGAUACAUAUAUCAAAAGUUAACUUCUACAAAGAAUUUAUUCAGCAGACCUAAUUCGACCUCGGAUUUUAAACAUAUCCAGAAAAGAUUAUACACUGAACUGCCUAACCAGAGUACAUUCUUAUAUUCCGCAUUUAUUCAUAGUGAAUUGUAUCCGCAAGUAAUACAAGAUGCGAAGAAAGUUGUUAUUUUAGCAUGGCAAAGAAGAAGUGUAAUUCAUCGAAUACUAAAAUGUUGCAUUUUGAACGAUGGAAAACAACCACAAAUGUUAGAAGUAAUUGAAGACGACAAAGGUUGGUACGACAUUCCACUCAUGGUGAGACGUGUUGCAUGUCGUAUAGGUGAUGAUAAUUCAGUAAUUUCUCGGGUAUCAUUAACAACUUUGAAUUUUCCUUGUUCCUUGUAUCAUAAACAUUAUAUUAAACCUACGAUUCUCUUACGUGAGAAUGAAGAAAAAAUGGCAAUGUGUAACAAAUAUUUAUAUCGAUCUGUAAAUGCUACAAGGCUAGUGGAAUGGAUUGAAGUUCAUCGCUUUUUUGGAGUUGACAAAUUCACGGUACAUUAUCAUCCAAAUCUUGAUCCAUUUGCUAAACGAGUAAUACAUUUCUACGAACGAGAAGGUAUCAUGGAAACGCUAGCACUUAAAGGUCCUCCAACAGAAGGAAGAAAAAAGUUACAUCUUUUCAACGACGAACACCUUGCACUUCUCGACUGCAAAGAAAGACACCGACAUUUCAAGUUUGCGAUUGAUAUAGACCGAGACGAAUUCCUAGUACCAAAUGUUAUCCGGGAAAAGGAACUAAAACUCUUUUUGAUGGAGGCGUUCAAGCAGAAAAAAGUGGGUGUAUUAUCGUUAUAUGUGAGUGUUCAUAUAACGUCCUGGAAACCAACAAAUACAACUCAUCCGAUGUUACUUGGACAGUAUGAAGAUGCAACACAUCCACUUAUUGACAGGAUAAAGAAUGUCUAUAUGCCAUCAAGGGUUUAUCUUCAAAGAGGAUAUAUACAUGACACCUUUCCCAAAGAAGGUUUUACUAGAGAAUUCAUUGAUCCGGAUAAAAUAUUGCUCCAUCAUUUCCGAACAUGUAGACCACAGUGGAACAGCAGUUCACCAAUAAAAAAAUACAAAAAUGGGAAGAUUGAAACCAUUAAGGCAACAUGUGGCACAUUUUCCAAAGUACGCUAUGAAUCUGUCAAAGCACUGUCAAAUAUUAACACAAUUACAGAACAAGUCCAAAAAGUGUCUACCACUUUAAGAAUUUAAAUGUGGAAAGUAUUUUCAUUUGUUUAUGAUGUUAACAAAAAGUAAACAUGAUGUGAUCUAGUACUUUCUUUGCUGAGUGUUUGUAGUAAAUAUAAAAAUUAUGAAGGGGAACUCUAUAUGUAAGCUUUAUCUAUCGUCGAAAUUGAUCGCAAAUGGCCAGCAUAAAAUGGGAUACAAAGCUAGGAUACGACCAAUGAUUUCUUUUUUUCAAAUAAGAUAUUCUUUCGGGGUAAUUGUUUCCAUAGUUCAGUUCUAAACUGACUUCUGUUUAUCACGGUUGAACAUUGAGUGUAUAAUAAACCUAUACCAUGAGAGAUAUUUUAACUUUGAACUUUGAUGUAAAAUAAAAAAGGAUAACACGAUCGAAAUUAACAAAAAUCAAAUGCAUAUUCGCAUAUGCGCUAUGACACUCUAUCAGCGAUGCCAAAGUUGUUAGUAAUAAGAAACACUUUCAGCUACAAAUCAAUUGGAUUUAAUCAGCAUGAUAGUUACUCAAAUGUGGUUAAAUAUACUUGCAACAUUUUGUAAGUGUGCUUUUUAUAAUUUUGAUAAUCAACAGUCUGGGAACCUAAUCUAAGGCAAAGGUAACUGAGGGAACAUUGUAGAAAUGAAGCGGGAAUUAAACCAUAGUUUAUAUCAUAUUCAGUAUCUAAAAUACUACAUUUACAAGAACCGUUCUCGUCUUUUUCUACUGUAUAAAAAGAGCUUUCUACAGUAUAAAAAGAGGUCUCUCUGACCGAGUGACUAAGAUCGUAGAUUUCGAAUAACUUUCCCUUCACCGAUGUGUAUUCGAGCCUCGGAGCGUUGAAUUUAACAGGAGAGGAGGCUGGUGGCUUUAUCCAGGUACACGCCAGUGAUACAAAAUGCACGGAGAGGCACCUGUGGUCAUUUUUCUACAUGAAAAGCAGGAGAGUGAUUUAUAAGUAUGUCAGUGUGAAGUACAAUAGUAGAAAGAAAAACUUGUAUAGCCCCUUUAAAAACCAUAUUUUAGCAUAAUAUUAAUCCCUACAAAAAUUCUUCUGCAAGGGAUAGGGCAAUUUGAUAUACUUUUUAGAGCAAAAGUAAACAUUUUUAAAAAAACUUUUAUUUAAUAGUCAAUGAUAUGAACUUCCAGGACAUCAAUGUCGUAGUUGCCAAAGCGGACAGAAUCAUUUUUAAAGAUGGUCGUCAUUGUGGUCGCCAUUAUAUUUCAAAUUUAUGUUUAUUUACAAAAGCAAUUGCUUCUUUUUUUAAAAUGACAUAUUGUUUUAGUAAGAGUUUAUAGAAAACAAAAUUGUCUUAAUACCGUUGCCCUUUCAGUUCUAUUUGAUGUGUUUAUUGUAAAAUAACACCUAAGACUUAACAAAUUUAGUGUAAUUUUACAAUACUAUUACAUAAACUGUCAUUUGUCAUUUCGAAAGUGUGCAUGGAUUUAUGAUGUGGUAAUUUUUACAUCUAUACAGCGUCACUCUACUGGAAUAAAGUGUAUAGGUUCUAUAAGUAGAUAAUGCUAUGUUUACCUUUUUCAAAUGACCAACAGGCGGAGUAUUCUUUUAAUUUACAUAAUUGUGACAGGAUGGUCUCUUAGAACAGUUAUCGGUCCACGAAUUGUUCUGCCGUAAAGCAACUCAAAGGGAGAAAACCCAAACACUCUUGCGGAAGUUCACGACAGGCAAACAGCAUAGCAUUCAAAUACCUAUCCCAAUCUCUAGGUCUCUCACUACACAUACACCUCAACAUUUGCUUCAAACUACCGUUAGAUUGUCAAAAUAUAUAUGUUUUUCCUAUCAGUCAUAGGUUCGAUCGGGCCAACAAAGACGACUCUCUUAAACGGAGUAUCAACCAUUGACAUCUUGCCUAAAGGAAUUUUGCUUAUUAUUCCGAUAGCUAUGGUACGUUGACAUAUAUUACAUGACUGACAAUAUCUCCUUACCUCUGCCAUUACGCCAUUACGCCUGGCCAAUAAAAUUCACGAUUUAUUCUAUCACUAGUCUUUCUUACUUCUAAACCUGACAGUAACCUACCAUGCGAAACUUUCAGCACAAUUUCUUUAAGACAGUUAGGUGCAAACAAAUGUUUAUUUUUUAUUUUCUUUGCAUUUUGGACGCUGUAUUCUCAACAGCUUAUUUCUAACCUCAAACUGUACUAAACCCUAACCUCUUCAUUGCUUACUCGUACCUUCAUCAGCCAUCUUUCUAUCCAAAUCUAAAAAACUAUCUUUCUGUUGCUUUUCCAGAAAUUCCUCUCUAGAAUUAUCUAGAAUUUGUGAGUUUAACUUGCGUCUAAACUUUUUUCAUGCGGCCUAGUUUCUACUGCUGAUGCUAAGCUACUACAUUGAGGCUAUACAGUUCCCUCUACAUUGCAAAUUAUAGCAUCAUUAGUAGAAUUAUCUAAAACCAACGCCUCAGCUGUACACUUGAAAUACGGACAGUCAAUAUUUAUUCAAGCUACAUUUAGCCUGUGUUCACUCCUAUAAAUGUACUUACAUCUACGGAUUUUCUCUAAAAUAUGAUUUGUUUCUACUAAAUCCCGUUUCACUAUCACACAUGUACAACCUGUAUGUCUCAUAGCGAUUGUAUUCCUAAUAUUACAAGUACCGGCUUUUGUAGGACAUGAAACUACACUAAGCAUAUCCAGCUCCUCAGUAUUACUGAGUUCUAUUAUACUAUUUCAACUCUCCGACUCUUAUUUGUACAUUUCAGUACACAAAAAGGUUAAUAACCUCUACCUUUAUUCACAUCAUAACCACUACCUCUAUUAGAAGUGUCUGCAUUUCGACUUUUAGGAAAAUGCCUCUGAGGGAUUUCGUAUGGUUUAUUGCCCCUGUCCUUGUCGGAUCGAUUUACGGCAAGCUUUUUAUUUAUCGUAGCUAUUCUGAUUUUCUAACGAAAGCCUAUCAAAGACCUCUCUCGUCGUACCUUUCAGGAGGAACGGUACUGUCAAAGACCAUAUAUCUUUUUCCGAAUCCUGCUUAACAGCGUAAGUUUCGUACACAUUCAAGUACGCAUCCAUGGAAUCAAUCUUUUCAAGUGGAGUGGGGCGGGCAUCUUAACCUUUACCUUUUUUCUUACACAUUGUUUUGUUUCUAUGUCUCUCUUAAACUUAUAUUCUAUCUCUUACUUCUUACAAUCUGCUUCUUCUUUCUGUUUUUUUCUAACUCCCCAGCUAUCAAUAACAUCUGCUUUUCCAUUUCUUACUUAUUUUUUUCUUAGCCUACGUUCUAACUUAAAGAAGUGAAAGAUAUUUUUUUCAAAAUCGGCUUGAAAAUGAAAAAGCAAGAGCAUAUUGCGCGGAUACAUUUUUGAACUGUAUUUACUUGUCACUGAAAAAGAGUUUCUUGUAUGUUCCAGCUAUUAUGAAAUAAAGUUGCCAUGUUUUACAUCUUACACUCAAGAAUUUGAAACAUAUGACUAAUCUAUUUAAAAGGUUAUUUGCUAAAUAAAGAAUUCAGAAGUGAGUAAAUGACGUCACUAAACACACUAACAUAGCUGCCUCCAUGAUCAGCAUUUUUAAAAAAAAAAAUCAUGUAACCAUAUCCUUUUCAGCACUUGUCCGAUUUAAAAAAAGUCUUUCAGCGUUAUUAAAGCCUCGAGAAUGGCUAUCAUAUUAACUGAUUGUCAGGUAUUCCUUGCCCUUUAGUUUAAGAUAUGGAGUGGACUAAUGGAUAUCCCCGAUGCAAGUAAAUAUAAGAUAUAUGGGAGUAUUAAACACACUUUACACGUUACUUUAAAUAGUGAAUAAACUGAAUAACACGGAAUCCUGUAGCCCAUGUCAAAUAAACAGAAGCAUGAUAUUUAAGCUAACUGUGUCAUGUCCAUAAAACUUUCAAUAACGUUGACAUUCUAUAGGAUUAACUGAUUCAAACAAGAGAGUAAUUGAUAUUGUGUUAAGGUUUAUAACAGACGACUCAUUAAACCAAAAUUGGCUUUCCUUUCGUUGUUGUAGCACUCAUAAACCUCUAUAUUGGUAUUCGGGAUACGAAAUUGUACAAAACCUGGUUAAGUCAUGCUAAUAGCACUUUCUGGCCAAUCAAGUUAUGUAUGAUAAAAAUCAAUAAGAGAUUUCAACGAUAUAUCCUUUCAAACAUAAUAAAUCAAAUUGAUGGUUCCAAUAUCGAUCUUUAAUUUCUAGAGAAGCAGGUGGGAAAACUGCGAAAUCAACAUCUUUCAAUAGGUAUUCCCGUAAGUCAAGUCACCUGACGACUCUUUCACUUGCAGAUAAAGCUGGUUCAUCUUCUGCUUCAUACCAGCGGUGAAUCAAACUACAUAAUUCUGCUUCCUUUAUAUCCUCAUUUUUCAUCAUUUUAUCCUCGUCUUCUUUUGAAAAGUGUGUUCUUGCAAAUGCAUUGCUCUGUAUAUCUGCCGAUUGUCUACCAUUGCAGGAGCAUGAUAAGUGGUAAAUGAUAAAAAUCAAUAAGAGAUUUCAACGAUAUAUCCUUUCAAACAUAGUAAAUCAAAUUGAUGGUUCCAAUAUCCAUAGAUGUUUGUCUGAAACAAAAGUCAAAUAUGAGUGUGUAUUAGAAACAUAAACAACAGUAACUGUAUCGUAACAUUCAAAGACUCGUAAACCUGUAACCAUAUGUAAUGAUAAAAACUGAAAUGUAACUUUAUUAAAAAUAUGUGUGGGGAAUUAUAUCCUACAGGUACGAUUAAUUAACACAUUAUUUUAAGUGUUUCACACUAUCCAGAUACAGGUCUUCUGAAAUAAACCAGCUCUGCAAACACAGACACAACAAACUAAAAUGCCACAGCUUAAUACAAAUGUGCAUGUCGUGGAUAGAAUUUAAGGGGGUUUUUUUUGUACUUUCAAAUUUUUGCGAGUAUAAAACAUUCAUGAUACCACUUUUCAACACAUUUUAUACUUACUCAACAAUCAAAUUGUGGAUACUUACUCAGCAACACAACUAUAGGCUCUUUCUAAACUUACUCAAUGACUCAACUGUGGACUUACUUCUCACUUACUCCUUGACUUGACUGUUGACGUACUUGAUAUUCCGCGACAAAACUGUGGAUUUCCUUCAUACGUACUUUAAAGCCACUGUUCAGAUACUGUAUACUUACUCGGCGAUAUAUUUCACACAUACUCUAAGACACAACUUGAGACAUACCUCACACUUGCUGUAAUACUUUAUAAAUACUAUGCUAUAUAACUAUAGUCAAACUUCAUACUUAUCUCAACAAACACCUGUAGACACAUUUCAUACUUACUCAAUGAUAAAAUGCUUCAAACUUAUUCCAUGAUACAAGUGUGUUCAUACUUGAUACAUUUUCCAUGACAAAAAUAUGAACACACUUCAUACUUACUAUAUGACAAAGCCCUUCAUUCUGAUUGAUUCUAAGACGCAAACGCAGAUCUCCUUUAUUCUUACUACAGCAUACAACAUACAACUGCAGACACACUUAAUAAAUACAUACUUCAUAAAAAAUUGUAGUCGUACUUCAAACUUACUCCACACUACCACUGUAGAAACACUUCAUACUUACUCCACAAUACGCCUGUAGACGCGAACAAACCGUUAUCGUGUAGCCAGUCCGCACACUAUGUCAAAAUGCAUGAAAACUAGCCGUCACUUCCAUCUGAGUAUGAAUUCGCAAAUUUAUGUGAGUUUAGGUAACGGUAACUUACUCGUUCCUUGCGUAUCCGUGCUUUAUUCGA